AUGUUACCCGCCAUCCUAGCCCGUCGUGGCUAUAUCCUCAAAAACUACCUGGAAAAUAUACUAAUGCCCGGUGAAAGGCAUGCAACACUCGCGAAGAGCAAGGGCAUACACAACCUCUCUAUCCACAAGUGGCGCGUCCUUGCAGAUGCCCUCAAGAAUAACUCCCUCACCGUCAAAACUGUCGCAACAGACGCCCUUGAAAACCUCAUGGCUUCGUGGUUUGCCGAUGGACAGAUUGAUAGGCUUGGAUUGAGCCAUCUGGGCAACACUACUCCUCCAAAAUCUUGUGCUGUGUCAUCUAAGCGGUGGAGACUUCGCGUGUUUGUAGAGGUACCACAGGCCCCACCCUCCUGGAGGUUGAAAGUGAUAUGGCGACACUCACUAGACUUUGAACCCAACAAUAGUGACCUUAUCCCACAGAUUACCGCCAUCAGGAAUGAUGAAGUGGGGGUUGGUGCUAUCAAGGAUGGUGCUAUUGAUGAUGAAGAAGCUGCCAAUGAUGCCACCAUGUAG